AUGCCUAAAGGUUAUGAUUUCAUUUCGGAUUCUCCGCCUAUGUAUCGACAAUCCCGUCAUACUACAUUUGAGCAUGACUCUCAUACAGCUUUAGCCAAGCUUCACACUUUUACUGUUGAUGAUCUGCCUCCACAUAAAUGGAGAAAUCACAUGUAUGAAUUUGAAGCCUGGUUACAAGCUGAGAUGCUUAAACCUAAUGCCCAAGUCUCUACUGAUCUUACACAGUUUUCAGCUAGAUUUGGUGGAAUUCUUCGUGAUUGGUGGAUUAGUCUUGGGGAAUACAUACAAGCUUUGUUUAUCCAAAUUCCAGAUUUUAAUCAAGCUCUGUAUCUCCUCUAUGAUGAAUUUUGUAGAUUACCUCAUCUUUAUGAAGACCAGUUUCGUUAUCAUCGCCAAACAACAAUCGGCAGGAAGUUCUUCGUCGGCGGUAACUGGAAAUGCAAUGGAACCAAUGAAGAAGUGAAGAAGAUAGUGAAUGUACUCAAUGAAGGUCAAGUUCCAUCUCAAGAUGUCGUUGAGGUUGCGAUUAGCCCACCGUUUGUGUUUCUUCCGGUGGUGAAGGAUUUGUUGCGGCCUGAUUUUCAUGUUGCGGCCCAAAACUGUUGGGUCAAAAAGGGGGGUGCUUUCACCGGUGAGGUUAGUGCGGAGAUGCUUCUCAAUUUGGGUAUUCCUUGGGUUAUCCUUGGACAUUCUGAGAGGAGACUUAUCUUAAAUGAAUCAAAUGAGUUAGUUGGGGAUAAGGUUAAAUAUGCACUUUCUCAAGGAUUAAAGGUGAUAGCUUGUGUUGGUGAGACUCUUGAACAACGUGAAGCAGGAUCUACUAUGGAUGUUGUUGCUUCACAAACUAAAGCAAUUGCAGAGCGAGUCUCAGACUGGUCAAAUAUUGUUUUGGCCUAUGAACCUGUGUGGGCUAUUGGAACUGGGAAAGUUGCUACUCCAGCUCAAGCUCAGGAAGUACAUUCGGAACUGAGGAAAUGGCUUCAUGCAAACACCAGUCCUGAGGUUGCUGCAACAACCCGGAUAAUCUAUGGAGGAUCCCUAAACGGUGCAAACUGCAAGGAAUUGGCAGCUCAGCCUGAUGUUGAUGGAUUUUUGGUCGGUGGAGCUUCUCUGAAGCCGGAGUUCAUUGACAUUAUCAAGUCUGCUGAGGUGAAGAAAAAUGCCUGAGUUUGUUUCAUGCCUAGCAUGCUGAGUCGAGGAAGCUUUUUUUUUUCAGGAAGGUAUAUGGAAUCCAUUGGGUACAAAUUUUAGACAUUUUUGAGGAAUAAGUUAUGCUUUUUGUAUUUUGAUAAGCACUUCUAACUGAAGUUCGUUUAUGAAUAAAUCUUACUAUUUUUAUCACCAUGUCUAAUUCAUGCUCAGGUGCAUGUGCUCUCUCUUUCUUUUUUGUUUAAUAGUUUAUGGAUUCAUCAAUAUUAUGACUGUUGGA